CUAUUAACAACGAGAAGAAGGCUAGCCCAUGCUAGCUCGCUUGGUGACUACUGAGCUUAUGCUACACAAUCUGGAUUUAAGGAAGACAAACGGCAUCACUUCUUCAAUUAUUGAUCUUCCCUGUGUUAUUACAACAUAUGCUUCAUGGAAGCGCCCGCCGGCCCAUCAGAAGGUUGAUCGGGCGUAAACAGGUUGGAUGAUUCUCCUGAACUAGGAGCUAAAGGGCCUCGAGUCCGCGGUGCUUGGGUGAACGACCACCCGGGAAACGUGGCGUGUGAGAGGGGGUCGUAUCUAGGAUCCGCAGGCUAGCUUGUGACACACGAUCUCUGUUAUUGCCAACCUCUCCUCAACAUGUCACACACGGGACCCCCUCCUCGAUGGCGCAAUUGUCCCAGAAGAGGGCAACCUGUGGCAGCAAAAUUCCUGCCGAUGAAAACGAUGUUGGGUCCCAGAUACGACGACCAAGUCGCGGAGGAGAACAGGUUUCACCCCAGCAUGCUGUCCAACUUCUUAAAAAGCCUAAAAGUGAAAAUGGGUCUGCUUGUGGAUUUGACGAACACCACUCGCUUUUACGAGCACGGGGACAUUGAAAAAGAAGGGAUCAAAUAUGUGAAGCUUCAGUGUAAAGGUCACGGGGAGUGCCCUUCAAAAGAUAUGACAGCGAUGUUCAUCAGGCUCUGUGAUCACUUCAUAGACAAGAAUCCUACAGAACUGAUCGGCGUUCACUGCACGCAUGGCUUCAACCGAACAGGCUUUCUGAUAUGUGCAUACCUGGUGGAGAAGAUGGACUGGAGCAUCGAGGCAGCUGUGGCCGCUUUUUCCCAGGCCCGGGCCCCGGGGAUCUACAAGGGAGACUACCUCAAAGAGCUUUUCCGUCGCUACGGCGACGAGGAGGACGCGCCCCCUGCCCCGGCGCUGCCCGAGUGGUGCUUCGACGACGACGACGGGGAGGCGGACGACGACGGCAACGCGGUGAACCAGGAGUCGGGCCCCAGCUCCUCCGGGUCAGCGCCCGGCAAACGGAAGAAGGAGAAGCUAAAACUGGGUGCCGUAUUUCUCGAAGGAACCUCGGUCAAAGGCGUCACACAGGUCACCACGCAACCCAAGCUGGGCGAGAUCCAGAGGAUGUGUCAGGAGUUUGCCGAGUGGGACAAGUCUGGUUUCCCUGGAGCUCAGCCCGUGUCCAUGGACAGACAAAACCUUCGCUUCCUGGAGCAGAAUCCAUACAAAGUCAGCUGGAAAGCCGAUGGCACACGGUACAUGAUGCUGAUUAAUGGGAAAAAUGAAGUGUACAUGAUCGACAGAGACAACACUAUCUUCCACAUAGCAAACCUAGAGUUUCCUUUCCGGAAGGAUCCUCGUGUCCACUUAUCCAACACUCUCCUGGAUGGGGAGAUGAUUAUCGACAAGGUGAACGGUCAGCCCGUCCCUCGCUAUUUGAUAUACGACAUCAUCAAAUUCAACGGACAGCCUGUCGGCCAGUGUGACUUCAACAUCCGGCUGUUGUGCAUAGAAAAGGAAAUCAUUUCUCCCCGGAUGGAGAAGAUGAAGACUGGCCAGAUCGACAAAACCAAGGAGCCCUUCAGCGUCCGAAAUAAGCCCUUCUUUGACAUCCACGCAUCACGCAAGCUCCUGGAAGGCAGCUUCACAUCCCAGGUCAGCCAUGAAGUUGACGGGCUUAUCUUCCAGCCAUGUGGGAGAUACAAGGCCGGGAGGUGUGACGACAUCCUCAAGUGGAAGCCCCCCAACCUCAACUCCGUGGACUUCCGCCUCAAGAUCACCAAAGUCGGAGGAGAAGGGCUGCUGCCACAGACUGUCGGCUUGCUCUACGUCGGCAGCUAUGACAGGCCCUUUGCAAAGAUGAAGGCCACUAAGGAGCUGAAACAGUACGACAACAAGAUCAUCGAGUGCACCUUCGCCAACAACAGCUGGGUGUUCAUGAGGCAGAGGGUGGACAAGAGCUUCCCCAACUCCUACGAGACAGCCAUGGCUGUGUGUAAAAGCAUCCAGGAGCCCGUCACAAAGGAAAUCCUGUUGGAGUACGUGGACCGUUGUGCUCAGGCGGUCCAAGCCCAGAACCGGAAACACCCACCAGACCCAGACUCUCAGCUAAUGCCCCCUCCCCCUCCAAAGAGACCCAACCGAGCCAUCCCGUAGCGCACAUCUGGGCCUCCUCUGGACUGCUCCACGGUCUCGGUGUACAUUCACAUCACCAGCCACCCUUCAGAAAACAAAACAUUUCAAGGCUUUCCUCCCCCGCAGCACAUGUCCUUUACCAGUCUGUAAAUUAAGGAUUUCAGAAAAGUGACUGCCUCGAUGUCAUUAAACCACCUUGUAGACUUCUUUGUAGCUUUAAUCGCUCGUGUUCUUAUAAAAAAAAAAAAAAAAUGAACGGUUUUGUUUUUUCCUAUUUAUCUUUUUUAAAGUCUGCGCUAACUGGUAUUUAUCAGUCGGGACGUUCUUAACAAACGACACCAGACAGACCUUGUUUCUCUUUUGGCGACUGCUUCCUUAAUUUGAUUUGAAAGAGGAGUAAACAUCAUGAAAGCUCAACCUGCUGUCUUCAUGCGUUUAACAACACUUCGGGAACAGCCCCCAUCAUCAGAGAUCUCCUUAGAUUAACACAAGGCUGCAUGGAUUUGAGUUUUGAGGUUCAGUUCACAGAAUAACCCGUGAUGCUCAGUUUAGGGGGGGUUUCCCAGUGUUUUUAUUAUUUCUAGAAGCAGAUCUGGAUCAGAUCUCAGCCCUCAGCUCCAGUCCAUCUGUGUGGACUUUUGUUUUUAAGGCAACGUGGGUGAGAGUGGGUGUGACAACAUGAUUGCACAGUCACUACAAACUAACCGCAGAAGAAGUAAAAGCAGAGAAGUCUACAGCUACAGAUGGGUGAUGUAUGAAGGGGGAAGAAAAAAAAUGAAUAGGGCUGCACUCAAAUCCCUCUUCAACCGGCAGAAUAUCUGACUUUGUGUUUUAAUUUGUCAUGUACUUGUGUUUCUAAAGUGUUGAUCACGCUGUGUGGCAAUAAAGACGGUUUUAUCAGA